UCAUCCUCGUCCUCCUAAUUUGCGACGUCGCAUCGUAGCUACCCAGCAAGCAACACGACGCGCACGCCUCGCAAGGCUAGCUCUUGAGCAACAUCCAUGUCUGGCUUCGACCUGACUGGUGGACUGGCCGCCCUGCGUUCUCGAGUCCUCCCUCAGCAAGACGUCAAUCAUCAUCAACAACAACAGCAGCAACAGCAGCAGCGCCCAUCAUCGCCGCCUAAUCACAACCACUUCUCUCGCUCACAUCAGGGCUUCGGCGGUGGUGGCGGCGGCGGCGAAUCAGGCCCUCCUCAACUGCCUCGCCUUCAAACCGACUUUUCCAGCAACGACUUCUUCUCCAGCGGCAGCUCUGAGGAAGAGGUCCGCUCAGAGCAAAGAGGAUCUGCAGAGUCGUCUUCGACUUUCUCUGGUCGAUCAGGGCCAUCAACUGCCCUCACCACGCCAAACGCAUCCCUGGAGCAGCAACAUCAACACCAGCAGCAGAAGGCAUUCGGCGCCGGCUCAGGGUGGCCGCCGCCUGCUGGGCCUUCGCCAGAUCGCAGAGAUUCAUCCCUUUCGGCGGUCUCUGCCUCCAACACGGCCUCGGUGCGAGGAUCGAGUGCUGUCUUUGCCUACUCAGAUCACCUCCUCUCCACCACUAGCCCGCUCCUCAACGGUGGAGGCAGCGGUAGCGGCGGCUCCACCUUCUCUGCCCCGUCAAGAUCAGGAUCGCGAUCGACGUCUGCGGGCUCUGCUGCUGGAGGGUCUAGAGUCAACUCGGGCCACCUCUCUCCCAAUAUGGUAGUCCCUCCGACUCCGAAUGACGUCGGGGACGACAGCUUCGCUACAGAGUCAUCAAGGUCCGCUAGCGCGCAGGCGGCGAGCGAGGCAAAUGAGAAGGCAAAGAAGGCGAAUCCGUUGCAGGACCUCAUUCAGACUGAAAAGGCCUACGUCGCUGAGCUGAGUAUGAUCAUUCGAAGAGUCGCCUCUGCCUGGAACAGAUCGAACUUCCCACCUGCAGAGCUCGAUAUCAUGUUCCGCAACAUCGAGUCCAUCUAUCGAGUCGACAAAGCUUUCCUCAAGUCAUUGAAGGAGAUUGGGCCAGAGCCGACGUCACCAAGAGCAUUGGGAGAUCUCCUCAUGCGAUGGAUCGACGACCUCGAGGCGCCCUACGCUCGCUACUGCGAAAACUACUUUACCGACUUUGAUACCUGGCCAGCAGUGCAGUCGAAUGGCCGCCUCCUUGAGCUCCUCACAGAAAUCUCAGACCCGGCUACGUCAGAGGCAACUACGAAAGGCUUCUCUGACAAGAAGCGUCAGUUGGGUGACAGAUGGACCCUCGACGGCCUCUUUGCUCUGCCUCAGCUGCGCCUCAAGUACUUCAAGAAGCUUUACGCUCGCUUGCUCAAGAGCACAAAUCCAGGACGCAGCGAUCAUCGCUUGCUGGUGAGCGCCAACGAGAAGCUGGACGAGUUGCUGGAGAAGGCGACGAGGCGGAUCAGCAUGAGUGUUUUAGACGACUCGCCGAUGGCGCAGAGAGAGCGAGAAGAAGCUAUCAACAAUCAGAACCUCAGCGCAAACGGGCGCGCAAGUUCGGAAGCAAGGUCGUCCCCUCUGCCCCCACCUUCACCUCUCUCACCAGUCUCGCCGACGGAGAACAUCUCAUCGGCCAACCUGUUGGCGCGCAUUGGGGAUCUCGAUUUCGGCGGUCGUGUUGGCUCACCAGGCGGAGAUACUACGCCUUCUGCAGCUGCCCCGCGCGAGCUCUCACCCAAGAAGGCAACAACGCCUCCACCUCCGCUCAUCCCACCCUUCACUGCCCAACAGCCCCUCUCAGCGGAUGACAUCGUCACGCAGUCCAACCAUCAGGAGCUGCCCUCAGCUGAUGAACUGGAGCGCUCUCUGGACAUGAGCCGCGUGCUGGACCUCUUCACCAUGAAGCCCAAGAAGUGUCAGCUGCGCAUCAAUCCGGAGACUUUGCCCUUCAAGCGAGGAAUGAGGAAGAGCGCAGAUGUAGUCAUCGACUUCAAGCCAAUGUCAACGCGCGAAGAGCUGACUUGGCGCAGAGGCCACAUCUUCCUCCUCACCGACCUCUUCCUCAUCUGCGAUCGAAUGACGCCGUCUGAGCGAGCGGAGCGAGGCAUGGGGUCCGAUGGGAUGUGGCUGCUGUUCCCUCCCCUGGCUGGCAAGCACGUCCAAGUCGCCGAGAGGCCGGGUUCGGGUCAUUCGCUCGCCAUUACGAUUCUGAAGAAGGAGACCCUCACGAUCCACCUCGACUCGCGAGAAGAGAAGGAGGCGUGGAUGCGGGCAUUUGCGGAUUGCAACGACUUUGCGACGCAGAUGGGCCUCAAGCUCAAGAACAUCCCGAAACCUCCUGCCUCUGCAAACAGCUCUAGAUCCGAUGGCUCAGGAUCCGGCUCCGGCUCCGGGUCGGUUUCAGGGGCCCCUUUCGCCUCUGCCAACUCGAUGAUGUCGCCCACGAUCUCAGUCACCCCGUCAGAAUCGCUUCCUCGCAUGCCGAGCAGCAGUCAAGACCGAGCGCCUUCCAGUCUAGCUCGCGACGGCUCAGUCACCUCGACUGGCUCAUUCCCGCAGAUACGCAGCAGCUCACGAGGACCAUCUGACCCGAUGUCACCUGGCUUCGGCCCAAGAUCGUCACCUAGCAAUGCUUCUUUCCAUUCUUCUACGUCGCCGCCCACGGGUCCAGUUCGCCCGGGGCCCAACAGCCCCGGCUUUCGACCAAUGGGCGCCUCGCCUGGUGCUCGACCGAUGCGGCCGCCCUACCACAACGGACCUGGCCCCGGUCCUGGCAUGAUGAACGGCAGACCUUCUCCCCAGCAGCAGCAAUUCCCUCGCCCGCCGCCUGGGCAACGCCCGCCUCCUCCUGGUCAGUCAUAUGGUCGUCCACCUCCGCCGCGUCCUGACUCUGGCUUCGGUCGACCUCAAUCUCCCGGUGGACCGGGAGGACCGGGCAGCAACGGCGGUAGCGGCGGAGGUCACCUGCCAUCUCGCCCCGACUUCAUCAACCGUCCACCACCGCAGCAGGGUCGACCACCACCGGAGAUGCUACGUGACUCAAGUAGACGUCCCUCCGCCCCUAAUCUCCGCGACCGAGCUAACGGAGCUAUGACUCCUCCCGUUCGCACACGAUCCGCCUCGUCCGUUGGCUCCAACGGGACAGGAGGUCCGGCGAAGCUUCCUUCUGCCAUGAUGAAGGAUGGCGACCUGCGACACGGCCCACAAUACAGCCCGCCAAGCAGCCCUCAGCUGAAAGCUCAAGGUCCGACCACUUCGACCGUCUCGGCGCAGAUGCGUUGUCGCCUCUACCUGAAGCAGAGCCACGCGCAGUGGAAGUCCUUGGGCAAUGCCAGGCUCAAGCUGUACCACAUCCUCCCCGUUGAUCAUAAGCAGCUCGUGGUUGAGAAUGACCGCAAAACGCUGAUUUCGACGAUUGUGCUGUCGGACGGGGUGGAGAGGGUAGGGAAGGUGGGUGUUGCGGUUGAGGUCAGCGAUCAGGGGAAUCGGACGGGCAUUGUCUAUAUGUUGCAGAUGAGGAGCGAGGAGAGUGCGCAGGGCUUGUUUGGGGAGUUGAUAGACGGCAGCGGGAGGACCGUGGCUGUGGGAUAGCGGUAGUCACGCAGCAAGGUCUUGCUCGUCGGCAAGGGAGGAUCAGGCCGCUGCGGUGACUACUCUCCUACGUUCCCUCCUUCGGCCACUGUCUCCUCGGCACUCAUGCGUUGAUAAAAGUGGCCGGACGCGACGUGGCUUCUCGUUCUUACAUCACUCGGUCAGUCAGUCAGUCGUCAUCUCUGUUACUCGUCAUCCUAUCUUUCCUCGGUACGCUCGAGCCUAGUACAUGUGCUCAUCGCUAUAACGGCUGUAAUCUACAUUUUG